CCCCCGCCCGCUCGCAGGCUGGAGCCCGGGUCAGCGUUGGCACCUUCCUCCAGUCAGUGACCAACUCCUGGCAUAGUGAGAACUCUGCUCGCCUCCUCGGUUUCCCUCCGGUAUCCAUCCCGCUACGGGAGUGAAUCCCGCGUCUGGCCGGCUGAGGAGGAGCAAAGAAAAGAGGAUUAAAAGGAAGAAAGACUUGGCUGGGUCUGGGUGGUGUCUGCAGUGCCAGAAAGGGAGGCGGCGGAGGCGUCUGCUGCGACCACGGCCGCGCGGGACGUGAGGCCCGAGAGCAGCCGAAGGCGGCGGCAGCCGCUCCAGCGCCUUGUGCCGGGGCCGUUAGUCAGCAGAACGCGAGCUCGUGUGGAGGAGCAGGGCCGGCGCGAGGCGAGACUCGAGAGUGCGAGCCGGGCCCACUCGGGCGCCGCCGUCCUUCUUCGCCCGGGCGUUGGGGGCUGCAGCGCUCGUCCCCCUUCCCGGGCUGGGCCGGUCCGCAGGCGAGGAGAAUCCGGCGGCGGGAGCGCGGGUCGCGCCUUGUGGAGGACAGCGCGCCGGCAGAGGCUUUCUCCUCACCCUUUCUGCUGGGCGCCUCAGGCUGGGCCACUCAGGUGCAGAAGAUGAACAAUCUUUCGUUUAGUGAGCUAUGUUGCCUCUUCUGCUGUCCACCUUGCCCAGGGAAAAUUGCUUCAAAAUUAGCAUUUUUGCCACCUGAUCCAACUUACACACUGAUGUGUGAUGAAAGUGGAAGCCGCUGGACUUUACAUCUGUCAGAACGAGCAGACUGGCAGUACUCUUCUAGAGAAAAAGAUGCUAUUGAGUGUUUCAUGACUAGAACCAGUAAAGGCAACAGAAUUGCCUGUAUGUUUGUGCGUUGCUCACCCAAUGCCAAAUACACUUUACUCUUCUCACAUGGAAAUGCUGUUGAUCUUGGUCAGAUGAGCAGCUUUUACAUAGGACUAGGAUCACGGAUUAAUUGUAAUAUAUUCUCCUAUGAUUAUUCUGGAUAUGGUGCAAGUUCUGGGAAACCAACAGAAAAGAAUCUCUAUGCAGACAUUGAAGCUGCUUGGCUUGCUCUAAGGACAAGAUAUGGCAUUCGCCCUGAAAAUGUGAUUAUAUAUGGCCAAAGUAUAGGGACAGUGCCAUCUGUGGACCUUGCUGCUCGGUAUGAGAGUGCUGCUGUUAUUCUUCAUUCUCCUUUGACCUCGGGAAUGCGAGUCGCUUUUCCUGAUACCAAGAAGACCUACUGUUUUGAUGCAUUCCCAAACAUUGACAAAAUCUCUAAGAUAACCUCCCCAGUGUUAAUAAUUCAUGGGACUGAAGAUGAAGUCAUUGACUUUUCACAUGGCCUUGCAUUGUUUGAGCGUUGCCAAAGACCUGUGGAGCCUCUAUGGGUUGAAGGAGCAGGUCACAAUGAUGUGGAACUUUAUGGACAGUACCUUGAAAGGUUGAAACAGUUUGUGUCACAGGAACUGGUAAAUUUGUAAAAUAUUCUGUAAAUUUGCAUACUGCAUUUUCUUUUCUUGCUGAACUGCACUCGUUGGUAAAUAACAUAAAACCUGAAGGUUUUGUUUGCAAAUCAUGUCAGUUGCCUUCAUAAAUGUACAGGUAAUGAUUUGUUAACAGACUUAAUGAAGGUUUUAAUUACCAGAACUAGAACUGGAAAUAACAGUAUCAUGCAGUCAGGCUGUGUAAUUUAUAUUUUUUCUGUGAAGUUUUUUUUAAACAUCAAAAUGAGUACUGUAUGAAAUUUUAAUUCUAUAAAAUCAAGUGCUGUAAAAGUAUUGCCAAAUGCUUUUGCAUAUUAGAAACAAAUUUAUAAAUAUUUUUAAAACAUCUCAAUGAACUAAAUCUUAUCCUGGUAUACAAAUGUAAUAUUCUUUUGAAAAAAAGCUGUAUAUCUAAAGCAAUUCAAGUACUCGGAAUAAACUGUAAAAAAAAAAAAAUUAAAAACAUUCAAGUUCACUAGAGUUAACCUAAUCCCUGUUGUACAGGGAUAAAGGUUUAAAUGGUUAUUUUAUUGUAAAAUACAUUGGAUUUUCUGUAUUCACUGGUUAUUACACAUUUAUCCCCCCAAAAAUGAUGUAAGUCUUAAUUUUUAUGC